CAGUUUUCAAGCAUAGGACAUUAUUUAACAUUGAUAUUUUGAGUUCCAGAUAUUUCCAAUUCUGCGGCCCCGUUUGUAGUAUAGACAGUUGGCUAUACUAUAUUUAUUAUUUAUGUUCAGUUGUAUACACUGAAACCUUAACAAACAUAUGAUUAAAUUUGAUUUUGCUUUAUACUCUUUCUGCUAGUAGUAUAUUUCAAGUAGUAUAGAAUAAAAUGAAUUUUCUAAGUCUAUUAUCUGAUGCUUUAAGCAUCAUUACAAUUACUCUUUGUUUUGUAUUGAAGUUUCCUCAGAUUGUAAAUAUAUACAGACUGAAGUCAGCAAGUGGUAUAAAUAUUUACGGUCUGUUGCUAGAGCUUUCAAGCUACACUACAACAGCAUGCUACAACUUUGUCAACGAAUAUGCUUUAUUGUCAUACAUGGAGUAUCCUAUCAUCAUCCUACAAGAAUUCAUCUUGAUUUUCUUCGUACUAAGAUACAUGGAUUUAAUCAAUGUGAAGUCGGUUAGCAUUUUUGUUGUCUAUCUGGCGAUUACUUGUGCUUUCCUGGCCAAACUGAUUCCACCUUCAGCACUAACAUAUAUGAUUCCUUUAUGUACUCCGGUUUCAUUAUCCAGCAAAGCAAUCCAACUAUGGGAAAUAUUAUGGACUGGGAGAGCAGAGAGUGUCAGCGUCACAUCAUGGUUGAUAUCGGCUUUCACGAACUUCACUAGAGUAUUUACAAUCUACAUGGACUCUGCUGACACGAUUCUUCUGACCAACUUUAUCCUCUCAACAGCGCUGAGUACAUCCAUUGCAGUAUCCACUCUUAUUCUAAAUAGUACUGAAUUGUUCAAGAUUGAGAAGAAAAAUAAGGUUGAGAAAAGUAGUCGGUGAUCAGCUAUUUUAUUGUUUUCGAAUAAUUUGUUUGAGGGAGAACGUCAAAUCAAUAUUUUGGUUCACUAUUAUAUUACGGCUUUGGGUAAUUAUGAAUGAAGGAUCUCAGGUUGAAAUAUUGCUAAUGGACUGGUGAAAACAUUGUGAGAUUACAACAUCACUUUUCCUGUGAUAGCUAAAAUAAACCCUAUGAGGACCACUCACAUUUAAAGGAAUGCGAGAACCUAUUAGAUAUGUGGACAGGAUUUAACCUAGAUGUAACAAAGCUAAGUGAAAAUAAAGAAUUGAUGAACUCAAUCAAGUCUAUU